CUCACAACCACCACUGUCACUCAUCCACGACUGCCAGCUCCGGCAGCUCGAUAGCACCGUUUGAGCGCAAGACAAAAGUCGCGGCCUCUGAAAGCGUCGAGUCGCACCGAAUCUACGCGAUGGAGUCGCAAUCUCCUUCGGCCGUCAGCUCCCAGAUGGAUUCGGAAGAUGAGGGCAGGGAGGAUCAGGAUCAGGCGACAGAGAUGGGCUACGACGAGGAUGAUGCAGAGGCGGAAGAGAAGAGGAAGAGGAUCAGGAUGAUGAGGAUGACGACAAUGAUGGAGACGCUGAUGACGAUGACGAGGAGGACGAUGAUGACGAGGAGGAUGAUGACGACGACGACGACGACGCUGAUGAUGACGACGACGACGACGAAGAAGAAGAAGAGGAGGAGGAAAACGAUGGGGAGGGCAUGGACGGGGAUGGGCGGCCAGCACGGCAAGGAUCCGCAUCAGACACAUCGCAGGCAGGUCUAGUCAACGGAUCACCUAGGGCGUACACCGCCUUGGCGCUGGCCCGCUUGGCAGCCAUUCGACCUUCUCCCUCCGUCUUCUCUGCCAAGGCAUUCAACAUCGAACCCAUCGGCGCCAUCCCUCAUUCAGCUCACAUUCACUCCAUGUGCCUAUCUCAGGACGGCACAACUCUCCUCAGCGGCGGCUCGGACGGUCACGUGCGCAAGUACGACGUCUACGCCAGCCUGAACGGCAGGAACCUCCUGACGCAAAACAUGAAACACAAUUUCAGCGAUGGCAUCCACAAGGGUGGCGUGCUUACCGCUUGGUGGGCCAACGAAGAGGUGGCUGCCGUCAAAGGGGAGCAGGCUCAAGAUGACAAUCUGCCAGUCAGCGCGGUGCACAGUCUCGCUAUACAGCGCGACUCGCUGUGGUCCUUGAGUGGUUGCGAGUCUGGAAACAUCAACCUCUAUAGCAUCAGGCACGAGCCUGGGCAGUUGAGGCACGUGCUUCGCAAACACAGAGGUGCGGUCUCGGCACUGACACUCGCAGAUACGGAUCACACGCUCAUCAGCGGAGGCUGGGAUCGGGGUGUCCAUCAAUGGGAUCUCAACACUGGACAGGUUGUCCGCUCAUUUACAGGACAUGCGGGUCAAAUCUCUUCCUGCUCCAUGCGAUCCGUCCAGCCGAGCGGCAGUAAGGAGUCUGCUACGCGAAGUCCCACAGUUUCGCUCCGGACACUGAGAAAUGGAAUCAGCGAGUCGCCGCGGAAAAAGGCGAGAACUUCCAAAUCUCUCUCAAGAAGCUCAAGUCCUACGCAGCUCAACGGAAUUCAGCAGCCAUCGCUGGACGCCAGAGAUCCGCAGACAGAGGCGCAAGAAGAGCUCAGUACUCCGCCACUGGACGACGGAGUGGAGCUAGGCAAUGAUCGGCAUAAGAAUGCGCUGGAUGGCAAGGCAGGAUCGCCGCUUAUUGCCGGAGAUGGGGCACUCGCAGAACCGGGCACUGGCGCGACCGAGGCUGCGCCUGAAGGGGACGACUCAGCCCAGAGCACUCUAGAGAAAGCCCAGAGUACGGAGCCUCUGGGAGCAGAAACACCCGCGGCAGAUCUCAACAAGGCUUUGGGUCUAGAUACUGGAUUCAAGAAUCCGCCUAGCAACGACGCGAUGGAUGUUGAUGCUUCCGUGCGGACAAGCACCAAUGCUGCGGCCGCAGAAGUCACUACUGCCGCAGCUGCCACGAACGUUCCGCUUGCUCAGAUUGAGCCGCGAGCAGAUGACAACAAAUCUGACGCCGACUCUUUAUUCGGCGGUGACAGCGCAGACGCGGAUGCGGAUGCGGAUGCCGAUGCUGAUGCUGAUGCUGACGCUGAUGCCGAUGCAGACGCGGACGCGGACGCGGACGGAGAGGCGGAUGUGGAUGCAGAGGGUGAAGAUGAUGAUGAUGAGCCCCUGGCUAUGCGGGCCAUCAGGACCCCAGCUUUGCCGGCUCUCGAGUUGGGACCAGACAUUGGUUCUCAGACGGGCGGCAUAGGCUCCAUAGCGCUGCCAUUCAACGCUUCGACGCCAAGCCGGAACGACUCCGGCAAGAAGGGUAAGAAGGAUAAGGGCCCUUCAAAUAGCAAAGCCAGCAAGACGUCGCCAGCUGUACCAGAGUUGGCACCUGCUAGACCUCCAAGAGCGCCUUUUGGCGGCUUGACAGCUGGAGCUGGCUUCGAUUGUGAUGUGACCCAAUUCAGCGAUGACGUGCUUUUGACCACGACGCUGGGUGGACAAGUGACGCUGUGGGACCGUCGAGUGCCAAGCACAGAUCUGCCCGGCGCGUCAGCGGAGCCAACAUUGAACAAGGGUGUUCGAGCCCUGCCCUUGCCAGAAAAGACUCCUCCUUGGUGUGCCCACGCAGCUUGGAAUGCUGCUGGAGACAAGAUCUACGUAGGACGCAAAAACGAGUGCGUGGAGGAGUGGGACGUCAGAAUGCUUGGUAAUGCGCGUCGCUCUGCGACGAAUCAGUCUGCGGAAGCGCAAAACCCCGGAUUGAGUAGAGUGUUUAGAUUACCAAGCGAUAGCGGGCCUGUGAGCUCCGUCGUCGUCAUGCCCAACCAAAGGCACUUGAUCUUCGGUUCGCGCGACAAUGUGAGGCUGUGGAACAUGGAUACAUCGCCUGAUCGGUUGCCCUUCCGCAUUGUUGCCGGCCAUCAUGGAGGGACCAUUUCUUCGAUGGCGAUUGAUCCGACGUGCCGCUUCCUGUUCACCGCUUCUGGUGACAGAGGAUGGCUUUCGGAUUCUACGGAGGCCAUCAUCUUUCACGAGAUCAGUCCUAUAUGAGAGGCGUGCAUUGCCCUGAAACCACGCGUUGCGCAGCGGCCUUGCAACAGCGCCUCGUUCACAUACAGAUUGCGUGUCUGCUAAUCUGGCCUUGCUCGAUGCAUUUACCAACUGCUCAAGUCUGCUGCCUUUGGCCAGCCCUGUACAACAGUCACCUCACUCAUGCAUGCACACGUCAACGGUGAGACGACUUCGUGAGAGCAUCCCCAUUUGCGAGGUCGUGCGGGCGAGCGAGAGAAGCAACUACUGCAAGUCAUCUCUUUUUGCUCCGACUUGAUGCCAGCGAGGGAGGGUAUCUUGACACUAGCCCCGGGUGGUCUUGCUGCCAACUCUACUUCUUGACUUUGCGCAGGGAGUUGUAGUGCUGUAGUGGCAGGGG